AUGGGAAGCAAGGGUUUGCUUCUGCUCAAAGGAGUGGCACCCCCGAAGAAGCAGAGCAAUUACAUUUUUAAUUAUACAAGAACAAGAAGCAGUAGUUGGUCUUCAAAAACGCCCAUUUUCAGAGAAUGCUCAACUACAACCGCAACGACCUCCUCUCUUGAACCACCAGACGUUCCUCGUUUGGCUGAAACUGCUCGAAUCUCUCUUUCACCUCAUGAGGUUGACGAAUUUGCCCCUAAAAUUCGACAAGUCAUUGACUGGUUUGGACAACUUCAAGCUGUUGAUCUCAACAGUGUUGAUCCUGCCAUCAGAGCAGAUAAUGAAACUGAAAAUUUGCGUGACGAUUCUCCUGAAACAUUUGAGAACAGGGAAGCCAUGAUAGCUGCCAUUCCAAGCUAUGAGGAGCCAUAUAUCAAAGUUCCUAAAGUCCUGAACAAAGAGUAGAGCUGUUCAGUACCGGCAAGAGAUAAAGGCACUAGAUCUGAAAUGAAACACCUUGGUAGCAGCUGAUGUGAAAAUUCUUUUGGUUCCUUCGUUGCUCUUUAUGU